GUGAAAAACGCUUACAUACAGGAAGUGACUCUUCUUCUGGCAAAAAGAAGCAGUAAGCAACACAAAAAUGGCACCGACCUUGUGCAGAGCAUGGUGUUCAUAGCAGUUUAGUUAGUUAACCACCUUGAAAUGUUCGUAUAUCGACCACACAGAGUGGCAGGUUGGUGUACAUAGUGUCCUUUGCAACGUUAGCAUCAUGUUUUCCUUCAUCAAGGCUGCUGUCGGCGGCUUGGCCGGUAUCUGUAGAACCCACGGUCACCAACAAGGUUUUUUACACAACCACUUAAAAGUCCUAGCUGCUGGUCUGAAGACACAUGAAAUCCCUCCAGACUACAGUGAUGUGGUGCUGCCAGAGAAACCCAAACUGAAGUUUAUGAACAAGGUGCCUAACUUUAAAAAGGCCAAGAAAGAGAUGAAGAAGCUACGUGAUAUCCAAGGCCCAGCGAGGGCAGCUAAUGCCUUCACUACAGGACAGUAUGCUAUUGUGGCCAUGGGAGGGGGCUACCUUCAUUGGGGUCACAUAGAGAUGAUACGUCUAACGGUCAACCGCAAGAUGGAUUCCCGGACUACAUUUGCCCGCUGGCGCAUCAAUGGCCCAUAUAAGCCCGUCACACGUAAAGGUCUGGGUCAGCGCAUGGGUGGGGGCAAGGGAGCCAUCGACCACUAUGUGACACCUGUCCGCUACGGCCGUUUAAUCGUGGAAGUGGGAGGAAAGGUGGAGCUGGGGGAGGUGGAGCAUAUCUUGACUGAAGUGGCAAAGAAACUACCUUUCCCUGCCAAGGUGAUGAGCAGAGAGAGCCUAGCAGCUCUGCAAAAGAAGCAAGCUGAUAUGGAGCAGAAUAAUCAGAAUCCCUGGACGUUCAAGGAGGUAGCGCAGACCAACAUGCUGGGUAUCAGGAAGGUGCUCAGCCCCUUUGACCUGCGCAACCAUGGACGCUUCACAGGCAAAUUUCACCUCCCAUGGAGGGUGUGACAGACCUGAGAGACAGAAAUUGACACAGUGUCCUCCUGUAACACCAUCCAGACUACACCGGGGGAAAAAGCAAC